AUGUCUUCGAAUGAUUCCGAUCAAGAAUCAUAUGAUGAUAACGACGACGAUAUGGAUGGAUUACAAUUAAUGUUGAAACACGCAUCACCAAAACUACCACCAAAUACCCGUGAUCGUCGUAUUUUUGAAAAAGCAAAGUCUAUUUUAAAAGAUUCCUGUGGUGUUAUUGCUACAGCAAAUUUUUCGAAAAUUGAAUUUGAAGCUGUAGAACUUCUUGUAGACGAUUAUUUUCUCGUCCAUGUAGAAGAUUUAUUUCAAGAUGUUGAUGAUAUUGAUCCUAAUGGUUAUAUCAAAUUAGUACCUGAUGAGGCGGAUAUGAUGUUUCAAGGUCGUCUUGCUAAAUAUGAUAUAACAUGGGAGAGAUACUUAAAAAAUAUUACAAUUCCUGAUAUAUGGAAAAAUCGAUUAUCGACGAAAGGUAUUGAAUAUUUAAGCACGAUGAUCUUUUACCGACGACUUCUAAAUAUACCAUUACAUCAAUCAUUGAAUUAUGUGCAAACUAUUGAUCAUGUUCAUGUUAAAUCAGGAAAACAACUUUUAUCAAAUACAAACAAAUCAUUCUUGCACGACGAAUCAUUAAAUCUAAAUGAACAAACUGUUUUUGGAAAUAUUUUUACAUCGACUCCUAAGAGAAUUAAUGACUGUGCGAGCAACUCAACACAAGAUCACAUUAAAGCUACUGAUAUAUCAAAUCCCAUCAACAAUAGUACGAGAAACAAUGUUACAUAUAAUAUAGAUGAUACAAAACCAUAUAUGGAUUGGAAUAAAUUGCGUGAAAAUUUUGUUGGUUUGAGUAACAUGGAUGGUGCUUCGUGUUAUAUCAAUGCAACUCUUCAAUGUUUAGCUAGUACACCUCCAUUAGUUGAUUGGAUGAUGAAACAAAAAUAUCAUUUAACUACGUGUCAAUUAUCGAAUAUGGAGAAGUUUUGCUCCAUUUGUCAAUUAACAAAUAUAAUAGAAACUAUUUAUUCAUCUUCAAAAGAAAAUGUUAUCAAUGAAGAUGCAAUUGUUGUUACAUCAGCUGAAUGCAUUAAAACAAAUUUGAAUAAACUAUCACCAAGUUUUAUUUUGGGGGAGCAAGAAGAUGCUCAUUUAUUUAUUAUAAGCUUAUUAGAUCACUUUGGUGAUUGUUUUUUUUCUCACAUGGCAAUUUUAUCUAAAGUUGAACCAACGAUGACAAUCAUUGAUCAAAUAUUUCGUAUCACACUUUUAAAUACCAUUGAAUGUUCAUCAUGUUCAAACAUUAGUACAAGUGAAGAAUUUGUUUCUACAUUAUGUAUCGAAAUUAAUAAUAUGAAUUAUUUAAAUGAUGCAAUUGCACAUUUUAUUAAACCAGAAAUUUUAACAAAUGAUAAUGCAUAUCGUUGUGCUAACUGCUCAAGUCUUGUUAAUGCUGCUAAACGUAUAACAUUUGAUGAUUUACCACCAAUACUAAUUAUUAAUUUGAAAAGAAGUACUGGAUUCGGUUCUUCAACAAGAAAACAUACACAAAUGGUAAAUUAUGAUGAUUUACUAAAUAUGUAUCCAUAUAUAACUGAUAAAGUACUUGAUUCAAACAAAGAAAAUCAAAAUAAUACGGAAUCAAAUAAUUAUAUUUAUCAAUUAUAUGCAAUUAUUAAUCACAUUAGUGAUAACAAUAAAAAUGGACAUUAUCAUGCAUAUAUUCGAACAUCAAAAAAUAAUUGGUUUCUUGUUAAUGAUACACAUUAUCGACAAGUAUCAACAGAAGAAGUAUUCAACAACAAAGAUGCUUCUAUGUUUUUUUAUGGUAAAGCAUCUCAUGGACGCAUAAAUAAUAAUCGUACAUUUAAACGUCAACCAUUACAAUGCUCUUCAGUAGAUAACUAUGUCGUUUCUACUGCUAAUGUCGAAAUACCACCACCAGGAUUUACUCAAAGUAGUAUUACUAUUAGUAAUAAAUCACUUACUGGUACAUCUGAUUCACAAAGAGAUAUUAGUCGUAUUGUAACUUCAGUAGCAGCAGGUGUACCAUUACAAGAAAUUUUUGAAUGUAAAUUACCUGAUAUAUACCAAUUCAAAUUAACAUCAACAGAACUUAUUGAGAUGUUUAAUUGUCGACAAAUAAUACACAAGAAAGAAUAUGAUAAUAAAAUGAAAAAAUUAGGAUUAGCACCUGAACCAUCACUUUUAUCAUCAGAAUAUAAAAAUUUGAGCAAAUUAAAAUCCAUUUCCAAUAACAAAAGCAGCAAUAUUUAUUCCAUUAACAUGAACGAAUAUGAUACACCAUCAGGAAGAACAGUCAACAUCGAAUAUUUUAACAUAUUAUGGCCUCAUUUGAAACAUUAUAAUCCAUAUUGUGGGUUAUGUGUGGUUACACGUUAUUUUGGUCAUGAUUAUAGUCAAUCAACUAGUCUUCUUCUUAGAUGUGUUCUUCAAUGUAGUGGUCGUGAUUGUAAAUUUGGAUGUAAAGUAUUUGUUAGGAAUGGUGGUGAAUGUUAUCUAAUCACAAGCAACAGCACAGUUUAUCAUCAUAUAGGUGAUCCAAUUUGCCGUCCUGUUCGUGGUUCACAACGUGAAAAAAUAAUGGAAAAAUUUAAAGCUGGCGGUUCUGUUUUUCGAGUACAUGCUGAAUAUGCUGAAAAAAGGACAACACUUGAAAAACAAGGUUUUAAUUAUGAUACUACUGGUAAAUCAAAAAAAGUUUUCAAAAAAAUAAAAGCUGAAGUAGUUGCACAAUCAUUACUUGCACCAGAUGUUGCAACAGGUAUUGAUCGUUUACAUGAUCAACUAGUUUUUGAUGUUAAAGGUACUACACUUCGUGGCGCACUUCAAAUUGUUCAAUCCCAUCCAUUUUGUUCAAUUGUUUUUACAGAAGCAUCUAUUCGUUUAUAUGAUGCUAUUGUUGAACAUAAAGAUUCUGUAUUGUCUUGGGACGCCACAGGUGGUGUUGUGAAGAAUUUUACAUCGAAACAAAUUUUGUAUUAUGAACUGACUAUUUCUCAUCCUAAUAUUGUCAAUGAAGAUUCGUUAAUACCAUUAACAUUUAUGUUAUCAGAAUCUCAAUCACUAUUUACUAUUACUCAAUGGUUAGGAGCAUUCAAAGAGAACCACAAAAAGAUAUUUCCGCACAAAAAAGACCGCUUUCCAAAACCUGCAAUUAUCUUAUCUGAUCGUGCACAAAUAUUUUUACAAGCAGCCUUGCUUAUAUUCAAUGAAGAAAACUAUCGACAAUUUCUUUCUAGAGCUUAUCGUAUUGUAACAAAACGAGCUCAUCCAACGGAUUUUUCCAAAACAAACAUUCAUGCUUGUUUAUCACAUUUCAUGUUGGACAUGCGAAAACGAGUAAAUAAACAUUUACCCGAUGAAAUACGUGAAUUUGCUAUGUGGGCCAUGGCCCUUAUGGUAAAUAGUAAUACUUACAACGAAAUAAAAGAAAACUGGCGUUUAAUUUGUCAAGUUUUUCUUAAUAAUACAACGAACAGCAACGUACAUUUCAAAAAAUAUUACACCAUUCUUCUGUCUCGUAUUUCGAAGAUAACCAUUGAUUCAAAUGCAUCUAAAGCAAUUAGCAAUUCGAAAGAUGGAAUUAGUGAUACCAAUGAUCCAUUUGAAUUCAACGACGAAGACGAUUCAUUUGAUACUGAUGAAGAAAAUGAGUUACAUUCAAAUAAACGCCGUAAAACAAGUCGAAAAAAGAAAAAAUGUAGUACUUCACAUGUUAUUGAUGAAGAAAAGGAGCUAAACGAAUUUGAUAGUCCAUUUAAAAAUGAUUUAAAUACUAUUUAUUAUGAAUGUUGUGAAGAAAGUAUUAAAAUUAAUGGUACACCAUCAUCAACAGAUAAAAUAUCGAAAGGAUCUCGUAUGUGGUUAUUGUUCAUAAAUCAACGAUGUAUGCCAACUGUUGCCAUAUGGUCGAAUUUGUUACUUGGAAACCUAUCACGUCAUGGUCAAUCUUCUGUUCAUGCAUUUGAUACUUUACUUGUUUCUACACAUGAUCAGAGAACAAAUGCUAUAUCGGAACGACGCAUGGGAAUUGUGAAAAGAACUCAGCUUGGAGUUGAAACUCGUACACGAGUUGAUCUGGUUCUACAAAUUCUUGUCUAUGAUAUGAUAAGAUUGGUGGAAACUUUUUCAGUUUCAUAUAUGGCAACAUGUUCUCAAACUGAUAAUCUUCAAAAUGAUCGUCAAUUAGUAUUAAAUGAAGUUCGAGAAAAAUGGAGACAACCAAAUCAUCGUGGUCAUGGAUAUUAUUGCAAACCUCCAAAUGAAUUAAUCAAAAACAAUCUUAAAAAUGCAUUAAUAAUGUGUCCUUCUACAAUUAAUAGUGGUCUUGUAAUACCUGUUCUUCCUGUUUCAAAUUGGCUUAAUGUUACCUUGGGAAUUUUAUUAUCAAUUAAAGUCUUUCGUGACACACUUCCUCAAUCAUCAUUAACAAUGCGAUCAAUAUCAGUGGAAAUUAUUCACUUUAUUAGUAACUGGAUGUUAUGUUUGAAUCGUAUUAAACCACCAAAGAAAACUAGUCCAGAACAGAAAGAAUUAUUAAAUUUUAAAUUUCACUUACCACUAAAUGUUCCAUCAGAUAUUGAUCAACAAAUAGCAUAUAUUCUCGAUAAAAUUCUUAUUGAAUUACUUGGUCGUCCAAUACCUGUAAAAAUAAUUUAUACUUGUACAUCUUGUCAAUUCAUUACUGAGACCAGAAGUGAAAUUAAUUAUAUUCUAAUUAGCAUGUUGAAGAAUCAAUUCCAUCUUGAUGAUCAAUUAUCAAAUUAUUUUACUGGUAAUAUAUCCGAUUAUAAAUGUACCAAAUGUCAUUCAUAUAUGCUUCGACAUAUAAAAAUAAUUGAUUGUCCGUCUGUAAUUAUUCUGAAGAUAGAUCAUAACAAAGAUUCAUCUACAACAUCAUGCAAAUCACCAGAUGCAAUUUGUUUUAGUCAAUUUAUGGACAAGUCUAGUAUUGGCUGUGUAUCAUCAACUGUAUUUGAUGUAGUAGGAUUUUUAUCUGUUUGCUCAAGUGCUGAUAUGAAAGAAAAAAAAUUAAUGUCUGUAACAAAAAUAAAACAACGUUGGUAUGUUAAUCCACUACAAAAGCUAAUAGGAAAUGGUAUAAAUUUCUCCAAGUCGUUUGCUACUAGUCGAAUUAUUAUUCUGGAACGUGUUCGAACUUGUAGCUCUAAUUUUUUAUAUGCAAUUGCUCAAUGUUGUUCAUUUACUAUGAAUAUAAAACAUGAUAGAAUUGAACCAUAUAAAACUUUACGUGAUGCAAUUAAAAUUAUCGAAAAUAAUGAAGAAUUUAGUGAACUUCGUCGUCGUCUACUUUCAACUUCUAUUACAUAUUAUAUUUGCAACAAAUGCAGUUCUUCAUCAGAUUCAUUAUCAUUGUUAUAUGAUUGUAUUCAUAUUUACGAACAAAAUUCAGACAAUACUUGUGUUUAUGGUAUGCCUUUAUUAUAUCAAGAAUUGCUUGAUUCUCAUUGUUCGAUCUGCAAUGAAAAAACAAAACGUAUAGUUUUACCUAUUCACAAUCAAAUACAUGUGCAAUGUCCAUCUAUCUUAAUGUGUUGUUUAUCACAUACAACAUUCAAUACUGUUAUUAAUUUUCAUGUUGAAUUAACUGAUCAUAUUAGAAAUAAACACGUAUAUAAGCCAGUAUCUGCAUUAUUAGUUGAUGAAUAUAAUACUUUAUCAGUUAUUAAAUUAAAGAACCGUUCUGUCUAUUGUUCAAGUCCAUAUGAAACAUCGAAUUUAGUCUCAAAUGAUGAAAUAAAUGAACUGUUCUAUACUGCUCGAACAGUAAUCGUUUUUCUCGAACACCAAACUGAUACUGAUAUGGACAAUGCCAUCAACAGCAAUAUCAAUGAACAUCGUCUACCUACAGUUUCACCACCACAUCAGGAAAUUAAUAACAUGAACAAUGUAAUCAACACUACUUCUAAUGUACUUCAUACACCUGCACUUUCAUCAGCACAUCAGACGACAACAACUGCAACUUCUACUACUCCUGUUUUACUACAACAACCAUUAUCCGUUUCUAUAUUCGACAAAACAAGCAGUGUAAAAUGGACAACAACUGAUAUGUUUGAUGCACAUAUUCAUAUUUUAUAUCCUGUAAGUUUGGAAUUGAAUGUAAUGGCUGAAGAUGAUCUGUACAUAGCUAACGAAUAUCCAAGAGAAGAAAGAAUAAAAGCAUUAGUUCAAUUAUUACAUUCAUAUGGAUUUCAUGUGAAUGUUCAUCAUAUUUCCUUGUCAAAUUCGAAAGAAAUCCUUAAAUCUAUUGAUCGUUAUCAAUCAAUUGUUUUUAAUCUCUGUGAUGGAAAUGAACUUGAUGGUUAUCCUGGUGCUUCAAUAAUUGAAGAGAUGGAUAGAUUACAAUUAAAAUAUACUGGUGUCAGAAGUGAAUUCUACAAAAUAUCAGAAGACAAAUCCUUAAUGAAACAUCAACUUAUGAAAGAUGGCAUACCAACAAUGCCAUUCAUGAUAAUUAAUAACGACACAUCAGUUCAAGACAUUGAUGCUCAUUUUCAAUCAUAUCCGAUUAUUGUUAAACCUAUUACAUCAUAUGCAAGUAUGGAUAUUACUCAUCAAUCAAUCUGCUUUAAUGCCGAAGAAACAUUAGCACAGAGUAGACGAAUAAGUCCACGUGCACUCAAUGGAAUAUUUGCUGAAGGAUAUCUCGCCGGUCGUGAAUUUACUGUUCUUAUAGCUGGGGAUUCUCUUUAUGGAAUUAAAGUAUAUCCAGCAGUAGAGAGAAUAUUUAAUGUUAAACUUAGUACAUAUGAACGUUUUGUUACCUUCGAUCAAGAUCGGUUUCGCAUUGGAAAUAAUUCGAAAGAAAAAACUACUAUUGAUCCAAUAUAUCAGUAUAGAUUAGUCUCCAAUGAUGAAAAUGAUAUAUUAAAGAAAGUAGCAGAGGAUGCAUAUAACUCGUUAGGUGGGAAUGGUUAUGCUAGAGUGGAUAUACGUACCAGUGAUUUAGAUCGAUUUGAUCCAACAGUAUUAGAAGUAAACGCUCAAUGUAGUCUUAGUUUUGAUAUUGAUGAAAUGUGUUCUUCCAUGGGUCAUAUAUUUCGUUUGGCAAACUUGGACAUUGAACAAUUUACUUUAUCACUUAUCGAAUAUGCACAAAAUCGUCAUUAUUGA